AGCAAUCUAUAUAACAUAUAAUAUUGACCCUGUCAAUUUUGAAUUUUGACAGGCAGGUAUGUUAUAAGUUUUUAUUUAUAAGCAAGAUAGAAGAAUAUUACCCGCUAAAAAAAUACUUAUUAUUUGAUAAAAAUGUUAAGAGAAAAAGUGAACGGUGAUCAACUCCCCUUGUUCAUAAACAAAAAAGUUUCCCUUACGGGAUUUGUUACACAAAAAGCUCCAAAUGGUCUAUGGUUUGAAAUAAGGACUCCAGACAACCAAAUUGUUAAAAUCAGUAUGAAAAGACCAAUUGAUCAACCACUAGAAGGUUAUGUUGAGGUGGAAGGUACAUCAACAGGUAAUGGAGUUACUGCUGAUGAAUACGUAAUAUUUGACAAUGAAAAAUUUGACGCCAAAGGCUACACUGCAAUGUGCCAGAUCUUGAAUCAAGUUCCCAAAUUAUGGAUUCUAGAAUAAGUGUUUAAGAUUACAUUGCAUUAUAAAUUAUUUUUGAUAUAAAAUAUUUUUUUCUGACUGA